AACUUUUGAAUCGGGAAUAAACAAGAUAGAGAGUUGCACAGAUACAAUGCCUCGCACAUUACCCUCCCCUCCUCGCUUCUCCGGCUGGAUCACAGGUUGAUAAACCCGGUUUGAUUGCAGUUCCGUCUUGCCUGCUCUCUUAACAUUUUCGCAUUCGCCGCAAAGACAAUGCUAUCGACGCUUCCUGCUGCGCUCCACUCCCUCUUUGGCAGCUGGGUCAACCCUCUGCCCGAUGUCCCGUACGUCUCCUGCUUUCCGACCCUGGGCUCUUGUCGGAGCGAUGGUCCCAAGAUUUCUACCUCACCUCCAUGGGGGCCCUGUUCGACGGCGCGGCUGAGGAAGGGAUCUUAUGGGCCCUGAUCGGGGCCCUGCCUGUCGUCUACCUUCGUGAUCCGGUCAUGAUCCGGCGGCUUGUGGAAGCCAGACCCCAAGGCCCCUUUGGCACCGGCACGCGCAUCAUGCGCAAUGCCCUGAUUACCGCCGAUAGGGAGAUUGCCUGGCAGUGGCAUGCGGAUAUGCUUCGUGGGUUUCACCACCGCCGGCCCCUGGAAGGGUUCCACCCGAAGCUCGUGGCGAUCGCGUGGCGCCACGUCCAAGCCCUUCUGCAGACGGGCACGGGCGACGACCUCCACCUCUACCUCCAAAGCUACGCCCUGGACAUGGUGUGA